CAGCAGUCACUUCUUUUUCAGUUCAACUUUUCUGUACAUACACAUAUUUAUCUUUAUACCGCCCAGAGAAUGUGCAAAAAAUAACAAAGAAGUAGGAACAAUCUCGAUCCAACGUGAUGUACUAUCCGCAUUCAAAUUAAGGAAGCAUCGCACCUUAUUUUUCUUAGUUAUAUAUUGGCUCUUCUUAAGGUGCGUUUUUAAGCCACGGGAUCACUCAAUACAGUGACAGCAUGCAUUUGAUUUUGAGCCUUCUGUUUUCAACUUUCAGCAUUUGCCAGACACUGCCUUCCCGAAACAUUUAUACAAAUCACUGGGCUGUACGAAUUUCUGGGGGACGCGAAGAAGCUGAUAAACUUGCUACAAAAUAUGGCUAUAAUAAUUUAGGACAGAUUGGAAGCCUGGAGGAUCAUUAUCAUUUUCAUCACAGCAAGGUUGUCAGGAGAUCUGCUUUCUCUUUAAGGGGUUCUCACAGCUUCAUCAAUAUGGACCCUAAGGUUCAUUGGAUUCAGCAGCAAGUGGUCAAGUCCAGGGUCAAGAGGUACAUCAGGACAGAUCAAAAUUUCAUCUACUUCAACGAUCCUAAGUGGUCCAACAUGUGGUAUAUUCACUGCAGUGACAGAAGCGGCCGCUGCCGGUCUGAAAUGAACAUCCUGGCUGCCUGGCAGAGAGGCUACACGGGGAAGAACGUCGUGGUCACCAUCCUGGACGAUGGGAUCGAGAGGAACCACCCUGAUCUGGCACAGAAUUACGAUCAGCUGGCAAGCUAUGAUGUCAACGGUAACGACCACGACCCCACUCCGCGCUACGACUCCAGCAAUGAGAAUAAGCAUGGAACACGAUGCGCCGGGGAAGUGGCAGCUGUCGCAAAUAACUCUCACUGCAUCGUUGGUAUUGCGUACAAUGCUCGGAUAGGAGGCAUUCGGAUGCUGGAUGGAGAUGUGACAGAUGUGGUGGAGGCGAAGUCUCUUGGCAUCAGGCCCGACUACAUUGACAUUUACAGUGCCAGCUGGGGGCCGGACGACGACGGGAAGACCGUGGACGGGCCCGGUCCUCUCGCCAAGCAAGCCUUUGAGCUGGGCAUUAAAAAGGGCCGGAAGGGACUGGGCUCGAUCUUUGUCUGGGCGUCGGGGAAUGGCGGCAGGCAGGGAGACCACUGCUCCUGUGAUGGCUACACCAACAGCAUCUACACCAUCUCUAUCAGCAGCACCACGGAGAACGGCAACAAGCCCUGGUACCUGGAGGUCUGCUCCUCCACGUUGGCUGCCACCUACAGCAGUGGAGAAUUUUAUGACAGGAAAAUAGUCACCACAGACCUUCGUCAGCGCUGCACUGAUGGUCACACAGGCACAUCUGUCUCUGCACCUAUGGUUGCUGGUGUUAUCGCUUUGGCACUGGAAGCCAACCCGUUGAUAACCUGGAGAGAUGUCCAGCAUCUCCUGGUGAAGACCUCUCGGCCUGUCCAUCUGAAAGCAAGUGACUGGAAGACCAAUGCUGCUGGCCACAGAGUCAGCCAUCUGUAUGGCUUCGGGUUGGUGGAUGCAGACGCCAUGGUGGUGGAAGCGAAGAAAUGGAGGUCUGUGCCCCCACAGCAUGUGUGCACCAGGACAUCUGAGAGGAGGACCAAGUACAUCCGUCCCGAUCAGAUCCUGAACAGCACCAUCGCCACGUCAGGCUGUGCUGACCACCCGGACCAGCACGUGGUGUACCUGGAGCAUGUUGUGGUCAGGGUUCUCAUUGUGCAUCCUCGCCGAGGAGACCUGCAGAUCAACCUCAUUUCACCCGCGGGCACCCGGUCACAGCUAUUGGCAAAGAGGUUGUUUGAUAACUCCAAUGAAGGAUUCAGAAACUGGGAGUUCAUGACUGUGCACUGCUGGGGUGAGAAGGCUGAGGGACAGUGGACCCUGGAGAUUCUGGACUCACCCUCUCAGCUCCGCAAUCCUGAAGUUCUUGGCAAACUGAAAGAGUGGACUCUGAUCCUGUACGGGACCUCGGAGCAUCCGUACAACUCUCACUACAGCCCUCACCACUCCCGCUCCAGGAUGCUGGAGAUUCCCAGCCCAGGACAGGAGCGUAAGGAGCCAGAUCUGCUGCUCCAGGAGACCCCCGACGAGGAGGAGGUGGACGAGUACAAUGGACCAUGCCACACUGAAUGUGGAGACCAGGGCUGUGAUGGCCCCGAAGCCGAUCAUUGUUUGAACUGUAUCCAUUUCAGCCUCGGGAACAUCAAAUCUGGCAGGACUUGUGUCAGCUACUGUCCCCUGGGGUACCACGAAGACGUGGAGGCGCGGCGGUGCCGGCGCUGCUACAGGGGUUGUGAGAAGUGUGCGGGCAGGGCGCACAACCAGUGCACUUCCUGCAGAAGGGGCCUGUACCUGUGCGCUGAGGAGCACACAUGCGUGGAAAUGUGCCCUCUGGGCUACUUCCCUGAUGAAAUUCAGAAGCAGUGCUUGCCAUGUCACGAAAACUGCAUGAUGUGUCUCCGGGAUGCAGACCGGUGCACAGCUUGUAACGAAGGAUACAGUCUGGCGGGCAUGACCUGCGUGCCAGAGUGUGCCAACGGCACCUUCUUUCACCUGGAGGAGAUGAAGUGCAGUGCGUGCCAUCUGUCCUGUUCCACCUGCACGGGGCCUGGGAUGGAGGAAUGCAUCCAGUGUGCCAAAGACUUCCUGCUGCAGGAGUGGAGAUGUGUCCCAGCGUGCACUGAGGGCUACUACCCUGGGGAAGCUGUAGGUCUGCCUCAGCAGAUCUGUCGCAAAUGUGAAGAGAAUUGCUUGACUUGCCAUGGUGCAGGACGAAACUGUACAAAAUGUAGAGAUGGAUAUAGCCUCAUCAGUGGCACAUGUAUAAUAAAUGCAACAUGUAACAAUGCGGAUGAAGUAUUUUGUGAGAUGGUGAAAUCCAACCGACUGUGUGAGAAGAAGCUCUUUCGACAGUUCUGUUGCCGGACGUGCUUAAUGACUGGAUGAAGUUCAAUUUCCCGGAGAAAGAGAGACUUUCCAAGAUAUUGACUCCACAAUCUGUUGUAGAUUUUUUUAAACUGGUAAAAAAAAUCAUCUAUCAAUUUAAGGACCCCCUUUGUUAUGAUGCAUGUUUAAUUUGAAUAAAAUAUAUUUUUAAGGUUGUCUGAUUUUAUACACUGUACACACAAGAUGACAUUCAAGCAUUUUUUUUAAAUCCAAAAGCUACAUUAUUAUUAAAAUGUGGUGCUCUGUGUGGUUGUAUAUGAUGGUAUAUGAAUUUCUGAACCACUGUAUCGAGGCGUUAAGUAUGUAACUUUCCGUAUUAACAGGUUUUUAAAUGAACAGUAUUGUAAGGUUAGCCUUUUCAUCCAUUUAAAAUGGUAUAUUGCAUAAAAAUGUUAAUGUGAAUGGAUUUUUAAAGGGUUAAAUAGGAUUGUUGUACAUUUUACACAGUAUUGUUGUUUUGCCUUUAUUUUGCUUCUCUAAAAUCUAACGUUCACGAGACCCAUUAAAAAUGAUCAGAAGAAUCAGUUGAAGAGUUCUGCAGAUCUUACUGAAAAAUUAUUUUCCCCCCUAAAUCAGAUUUAUACUUUACGCUCUUGGGUAGAAGUGAAUAAAUUGAGUGUCUGUCUUUCUAGUCUGUUAUUAUAGUCUUAUCACACAACUAAAAAUUGCUUCAUUUUCUAGGCUAAUUAUUAGCAGAAAUGUUCAUUAUAAGCUGCCCUUACAACUUACCUAGCAAGAGCAUGUCAUCAUUUCUGUCCAGGAGAAUGGCUAUUUACCUUUAGUGACAUGCCAACCAAAUAAUUUCAGUAAAAAAAAAUGCAAAUGAACCUCAUUUUUCAGAUUGCUUAAGAAGACGUGUUCCACAACAUAAUAAAGAAACUACUGGUCAAGAGUUAGUUAAGAAGAAUACAAUUUGUGUCCCACAGUAAUGCUUAAUAAUUGGAAUUAAUGUAUAGAGAUUGAAUUAAAACAGAUGUUAAGGAAGAGUGAAAUACUUUUGCAAAAUGUAUUUGCAAAUGUAAGCAGUAAAGGUUUUUGGGGGUUUGCUGGGAUGGAGAUGAUUAAUAAAAUAUUCUCCUUUAUCAGGAAUUAUUCAUCUCCCAGUAACACUCUGACAUCAGUAUGUCCCUUUUCCAAUGAUAGCUGCUGUAGUUGGAGUCAGAGUUACUUGUCAGAGCCCUGCUUAAUGCUGAAAAUAUAGGACAAGUUAUUAUUCCUGGGACAGAUCCCUAACAUACUUUGUAGACUUAGAAAUGUUAACUGCAGAUUGGUAGCUUAUGUUUUUUACCCAGUGAAUUGUAGUCUGUUGAGUGUGUCAUUCCUCCAGAAGGAACUUUUUUCCUGCAGUAUAGCUAGAUCUUCAGUGUGUUUUAUGUAAUGAGUGGCCAGUUAAGAGACAGUUCAGUCCAGCUGAGCUGGUCUCAGUCCAGUUGUACAGUGUGGAGCUUUAGACUGGUAAAAUUCCAAUAUUUUCCUUCACAGGGUGGGUGUGCUGUUUGUUAAUAAAGGGCCAGAGACUAGUGGCUACACAUGAAAUGAAUUGUCUGCUUUGUAGAGAGAUGCACGUAGUCUGGGGUCUAUUCAGUUACUCUUUCUCACUCUGUGUCAUACUGUAUACAGUUUACUAAAAUGUCAAGAAGCUACUCAAACCUCUUUUAUUCUGUAUCGCUUGUACAAAGUGAGCAUAAAUCCGAGGCAGAAAACGAAAAGGUUGCUGAAAAAAGUGUUUGGCCAAUAUUUUGAUCAAAAUGAACAAGCAUUUAUACAGUACCUAUUUACUAUAUGCAGCUAGAUGUUUCACUGGUACGAUGUGGGCAAAGUACAGUACCUUGCGCUAGGUUACAACCGCAGUGCCUCACCUGGAAUUUAAACCCACAGCCAUCCAUUGACCAGCCCAGAACCCCAACCGCUGCUCUAGACGCUGAGCAUGAAGCUGUCCACGUUCCAGAAGAUGAAUGGGUCGGCGGAACCAGUCCCGUGGAAGUGUCGGCUCUUUUUACCGCUCAGUUCAUUCUGUACGUUUACGUUUGGGCGCAUUGGAGGCUUUUUUUUUGCCCCUGCCUGCAAACUUGUACCAUGUUAUUUAAAGAUGUUUAGAAAUGUAAAAUGUCCCCUACCCAUAUCCCCCCCCCCCGACCUUUUGUACUGAGGUCGUGUCUGUUUGUUCCCUCCGGUGCCUCUUCUUGGCGCUCCUUGCUUCGGUCCGGUGUUGCCAAGUGUCAGGAGCAUGAACUGCGCUUCCACUUACAUUACAUUCCGCAUCGGAGCGGGGCUUCGGAGGGAAAGAGAGGAACUGAAGGACUUUGUUCCUAUUCUUCACGUUACUGGAAUGAUAGCAGUUACUUGUCUGAGCAUCAUACUUCUUGAAUAAAAAAAACAAACAAACUCGAUUA